AUGAUCAAUGAUGAGAAGCACACGAUAUACGAACUAUCCUCAAGCUAUUCGUCUUCCGAUGAUGAUGGCCCGAUUUUAUCAUUUUCUCUUUCUUUGAAAGUAUCUCAAGGGUUCAGUUGGAAUCAAGACUUGUUUGCCAGUGAGUAUCAACAGUCCAGAGCUAAUGAUGACGAUGAUCAAUCCGAAGAUGAUAAAGAGACCCUGGUGCAAGAUAAUAUCAAAGUGAUCCAUCAAAAAAGACGGCACAGUGCAAAUAACUCCAGAGAUGGUUACAAUUGUGUCGAGGUCAGUGAGAUCAUUGUUGAUGAUGAUGGGUUUGAAGAAUAA